CAAUUUGCGGCGGGUGGCGCUCUUGUUUCCAACGAGGAAGUGACGCUGCGAGCAAAAAGGCUUAAAGUUUUUUCCCCCUUUUUUCUUCUUGAAAGCAACACGAAAAAGAUGCGGAUCGCCGGAGCCGCCUCGCAGACACUUUAAAGGUUGUCUCUGAUGAAUGAGCAACAAGUUUCCCACCAACUUAUCCGUACUUGCCAUCCAAGGAGUUGAAGAUUUGGCAGAGAAGAAAGCAAAAACAAAAGCAAAUGGACAUGUUUGAGCUACACCGCAUUGAAACUGAAAUUUCUGCACAAGAUGUGCUGCAGUUUUGUAUUUUAAAGUGUACCUGCAUUGAUACCAUGUUAAGUAGGUUUGGAUGACCAUUAACUGUCACAAAACCGGUCGAGGGUUCUUUAAGGACGAUACUCUAAGACUUUUUAUUAAACCAGAGAACACCUUGGUGUGGUUUGGGGAAUUGAACUCUUGUCUCCUCAGCUGCCCACUCCACCACUCCCCAGAUCUAGAUUCAUGAAAGUCAUGAGUUUGCAACCUCAACCGAAACCAAACGCAAAGAGAACAGGCAAACGUAUCACUUUCUUUAACGAUCAGGGUGUGGCAAUGAAAGAAGCCUCUCAGCAUACGGGGCCCUACUAUGGCGUCGGGGUCCCACCUUCAGGGCCAGGCCAUAAUGACAGCGGAGGUGUGGAAAGCUUCAAUCCAGAAGCAUCACGCAUGUACCAUAAUUCAGUUAUUUUCAGUCCAGAGAAGGGUGAUCAAAGCCGUGGGCAUUAUCAACAGACAAUGCCCUUGAAGUGGACACAUCAAGACCCAUCUCUGCAGCCCCAACCAAGACCAAACAGUUGGUCACAGGGUACGACCGCUUGGCAACAGAACUUUGGUCCUUACCUGACACCUCAGGCUGCUUUUGCAAAACAAAUGCACGAAGGUAUAUCAGUUCAACAACAGCAGCAGCAAUCUGAGCCAUCAGCUAUUAGGACAACCGAAAAGCAGGCUAACAUGACUGGAGAGACCUACAGGGAUGCAACUAAACCUGUCCGGGGCAUGGGGGAAUGGGAUCAGCAGCAAGCCUUUCAGCAGACACAAAAGCCUGGAAUGUUAAAUCCACAGCAGCACGGACAGUCCACCACUGGGAAUUCUGUGCUGCAACCCUUUCAGUUAGCUUUUGGACAGCCCAAGCAGAACCUAGUAGCAGGUUACUAUCAGGUAGUCCAGGGCAGUCGGACCUUACCAAAUUUGAACUAUAGUUCACAGACAAAUUCUCAACAUCAACUUCAGCAACUACAGCAACAGGAGCAACAAAAGUUAAUGCUCCAACAGCGACAGCAACAGAUAGAGCAGCAGAUACGACAACAGCAGCAGCAGCAACAACAGGUACUUCAGCGUCAAAAACAGCAGCAACAAAUACCACAGUCACUGGAGCAAGCACAUCAAUUAAAACAGACUCCACAACAGCAUAUGCAACAGAUUCAGGCACAACUGGUGCAGCAGCAACAAAAAUCGGAGCAAUCUCAUCAAAACCAACAUGCAUUGGGAGUUUACUCUGAUGGCCAGCAGCCACAUGCUCCUUUGCUUAAUCAGCAUCACCCCUCGUUAUCAGGACAAUCCCAGGAGACUACAGAUCCUUCAUCAACCCAGGCACAGGAAUCGGUUCCCCAGCCUCCUGCAGCUGUUUCACAGCAAGCCAUCGAAACCCAACAGCCUGGACCACGGAGAUCCCGUCGGCUUUCAAAAGAGGGUGGAGGACCUGCCUCAGACAACCCAUUUGUUAUACCGUCUGAUCUUCAUGCUCAGGGUUCUCAGAACGGGGCUUCUGAGACCUCUAUGGUGCAAGACAUUCGGGCCGCUCCAACUGGUGUAAUCCAGAGCACUCGGCGGAAGAGGAGAGUGUCACAAGAGGCCAACCUAGAAACCCUGGCUCAGAAGGCUUCAGAAAGAGAAUCUCUUCCCUCACGUAAUGUCAAGCAAGAGCCACACAGGCCUUGGAGUCCGCCUGUUGUCCCGACAGGUCCUGGUCGAGGGGCAGCUGAGGUGGAUCAGGUGAGUGCCAAGCGGCCCAGAGACGACAGCCUCAUGCCAUUGGUCAUUCCAGUCUCUGUACCAGUGAGGCAGACUGACUCCUCAUCCCCGGAUCAUGAGCAGGCUUCCCUCUCCGUUAGCUGGCCUUUGCGGCCUUCUGACAUGAGCUGCUCCAAUUACCAGCCCUCUGUGAUUGUUACACGACGGCGCUCGCUGAGGAACUCCCCAUCUGAGAGCACGGGCCAGAAUGGCGGAGCAGAGAGCGGGAGUGAAGCUGACAGCAAAUCAGCCAAAGCCAAACGACGUCCUCGUCCAGAACCGCUCUUUAUCCCCCCACCCAAACUUGGCACUUUCAUCGCCCCACCGGCCUACUCCAGCAUCACACCCUUCCAGAGUCACCUACGAUCUCCUGUCCGAUUGGUGGACAACCCCCUCAACAUGCCGCCUUACACUCCUCCGCCCAUCCUCAGCCCGGUUCGAGAGGGUUCGGGUCUUUACUUCUCCACGUUCUUGUCGGCUGCGGCUGCUGCAGCUGCUGCUGCUAAUAAUCAGGUGCUGCCCCCGCCUGCCACUCCCAAAUCAGCCACCCGCAGCCUUCUGCGCUCAAACAGCAGCGAUAUUACCCCUCCAGUUCUCUCAGCUAUAAGUGAAGCUACACCUGUCAGCAUUGAGCCUCGGAUAAACAUUGGAGUGCGGUAUCAAGCGGAGGUCCCCGAGCUGAGAGAGCGAUCGGCAGCGCUGCACGACCUACACAAGGCUGAACUGGUGUGGGCGCCACUGCCUGACCUAGAGGCCAGUGCUCAGCAACAGCAAAAAGUGAAUGACCUCAUGCACCUGGCCUGUUCAAGUGCGUUAUUCGGAGGAGGGACCAAUCAGGAGCUGGCCAUGCACUGCCUGUAUGAGUGCAAGGGUGACAUCAUGGGAACCCUCACACAUCUGCUAUUAAAAAAAAACAUCUUUUCCAAAUCGCACCCUCUGGCUGACUACCACUACUCUGGCUCUGACAGCUGGACGCCAGAAGAGCGACGGCUCUUUAACAAAGGCAUCGCUACUUACAAGAAGGACUUCUUCAUGGUCCAGAAACUGGUGAGCUCCAAGACUGUAGCACAGUGUGUGGAGUUUUACUACACAUAUAAGAAGCAGGUGAAGAUCGGCAGGAACGGCACGCUCGUAUACGGAGAAACAGAGCCGCUGGAGACUAAACCCACAACAGAGGAGGAAGUGGACAACAAAAGUUCACAGAAACUCGAAUCACGGAAAGAAGAUGAGGAGAGCAGGAAGUGGGAAGGGUCAUGUGACAGGAAGCAAGAAGACAGCCCCGGCAGGGUGACACAAUCUCUACAGGCCACCGAAAAUGCUGCUGCCGUCUUGGUCUUGAGUCAGGAGAACAGCACCAGACAUCCGUCCACAUUGGGGGUCAGUCAUCCUCCUCAUCCACCUCAACCACCAUCCAAAUCUCGCUCCGACACUGCUGCCAGGAAAACUGGGCCCAGCAACACAGGAAAGGGACAAACCAACCAAGAGGGCGAAUUCCCCUGCAAGAAGUGUGGCAGGAUCUUCUAUAAGGUGAAGAGCCGCAGUGCCCACAUGAAGAGUCACGCCGAGGCGGAGAAGAAAGCGGCGGCGCUCCGGCAGAGAGAGGCCGAGCAGCGGGCAGCAGCCGCCUUGUUAGCGGCCCAGCAGAACGGGGCGAUGGCAGAUCAGGGCAGAGGGAGGAGAGCGAGCAGCGACGACUCUUCUGAUGAAGACGAGGAUGCAGAUGAUGAAGACUGGCGCUAGCUAACAAUCCCCUGCCCACGACGAAACAAAAGAUAAAAAACAUAUUUAUUUUUACCUUACCAGCCAACAAGACCCAUCCCAAAAGAACAGUUUCAGGGACUGGCUCACUCCCGUAUAAUGUGUGUGUGUGCGUGUGUGUUACGUGUGUAUGAGGCGGAUAAAGACAGAGACCGAUGCUGUAGAGGCAUUCAGGGGCUUCGUGUUCAGAUAUAGGGCUAUUGGGAGUGUAAGCCAUGCCAUCUCAGUGUGAAUGUGUGUGUGUCUGCGUGCGUGCGUGUGCAAAAUGCACUUUUAGACUCAUGGACACACACUGAUCUGUGCACAGAACUCACUCACUGUUCACUGCUGUGAAAUGGACGCCGAAGGACACAAAAGCAAGUGUGUGUGUGCGUGUAUGUGUGUGUGUUUUCUCCUCCUUUUCCGAAACGAAGAUAUCUUUUUCUUCCACGUGACUGACUGCCAAACGCUUGCACAACUGUGCUUGUACGCCUGGUCUUGAUCUCCAGUGCUGUAAUUACGGGCUUUCUGUUUUUGAGCAUCUUAAAGGUAUAGUUCAUCCCAAAUGGAAAAUUCAGGCAGGCGUCACCCUUAUGUCGUUCCAGAAUAAUACUCCUUUUUUCUGUAGAACACACAGAUUAGCAGAACGUUCAUGUUGUUCUGUGCCAUUCAUCGCAAAUAUAACCCAAGGGCUUUUCAUCUUCAAAAGAGACGAAAAAAAAUCAUAAGUACUUCAGAUAACUAUGCGGAUUUUCAAAUCUUUUGAAGCCACAAAGUCGUCUUGACAUAGUGUUUUAACUGAAACUUAUCAAAAAAGGAUGAUUAUGGCUGGUUUUUCCUUUAAUAGUAGCUUUUUGUUAAAGAUUUCAAGAAACAUUUGACCUGUUUUAUGCACCACAGCCAAACAAAACUGGGGUUUAUUUCAUUUUUGCAGUCUUGGAUAAUGAAUAAUCUGUCCAAAAUGUAGUUUUCUCUUUAAUAUAACAAAGUCUUAAAAUAAAGUGCUGAGAAAGACACUUAAAUUAAAUAUAAAUGCUUAUUUAAAAAAAAAAAAACAUCUAAAUUUGCAAAUCAUGGAGAAAAAAAAUAAAUGCACAAACUGAUAAAUAUUAAACAACCAUAGUAUAGGAUGUAAUCAUAGAAAACACUGCACUUUACUAAAGCUUGAAGGCCCAGUAGUUGCAAAAGAGCAGCUUGAACAUUCUGCUUAAUGUCUUAUUUCUUCCCACUCUCAAAAUAAGCGGUUGGAAAGAUCUAAUGUAAGGGGAUUAAAUCUAUAAUUAUUCUUUUUGGAACAAACUUUAAAAAAUCAUCUAAAUUUGAAGGUCAUGGGGAAAAAAACAUUGAGUUAAAAAUGUAUGCACAAGAGCAAGCUGAUAGAUAUCAAACAAGCAUAGUAUGCGAACACACAAAGAAACACUGCCAUGUGCUACAUUUAGAUAUGUGUACAGGCAGACAUAAAAGCUAUGAUUAUUACUUGUUAAUAAUAAAAUAUAUAUUUUUAGUUAAACAAAUGCAUGAUAGGAGCUCUGGAAAGCUUUAAAUAUGGUAAACAAUUAGAAUAAACCACUUUUAUUGUUACUUUUUUGACUUUCUAAAGCUUGAAGGCCCGGUAGUUUUUUUUACUGGGAAAAAAGGUUGAAUUGAUAAUAUAUGCACAAAAACAAAUUGAUUGAUAUUAAACAAGCAUCGUAUAGUAUGUAAUCAUAGAAAAAACAAUGCACUUUACUGCAUUUAGAUAUGUGUGUACAGGCAGGCAUGAAAGUUACGAUUUAUUAUUUGUUGAUAAUAAUAAAAUAUAUAUAUAUAUUUCCCCCCCAGAAACUUCAAACAUGGUAAACGAUUUGAAUAAACCACUUUUAUUGUUACUUGUUUUUGUCUUUCUAAAGCUUUAAUGCCCAGUAUUUGGAAAAGAGCAAUUUGAACAUUCUGCUUAACGUCUUAUUUUUCCCCACUCCUAAAAUAAACAUUUGGAAAGGUCUAAGGUGAUUAAAUGUAGAAUUGUUCUCUUUUUUUUUUUUUGGAAAAAACUAUAAAAAAAAAAAAUACAAAUUUGUAAAAAUAUGGGGAAAAUAAGGUUGAGCUAAAAAUGUAACAACAAGAACAAACUGAUAAAUGUUAAACAACCAUAGUAUAGGAUGUAAUCAUAGAAAAAACAUCGCAAUUUACCACAUUUAGAUAUGUGUGUACAGGCAGGCAUGAAAUCUGUAAUUUAUUGUUUGUUAAUAAUAAAAUAUAUUUUAUUUGGUCAAACAAAUGCAUUAUUGGAGCAACAGAAAGCUUUAAAUAUGGUAAACAAUUAGAAAAAAAACCUUUUUAUUAAUACUUUUUUGGUCUUUUUAAAGCUUGAAGCCCCAGUAGUUGAAAAAGAGCAGCUUGAACAUUCUGCUUAAUGUCUUUUUUUCCUCCCCACUCCCAUAAUAAGCGUUUGGAAGAUCUAAUGUAAGGGGAUUAAAUCUAGAAUUUUUCUCUUUUUUUGUAAUAAACUAUAACAAAAAACAUCUAAAUUUGUAAAAAUAUGGGGAAAAUAAGGUUGAGUUAAAAAUAUAAACACAAGAACAAACUGAUACAUAUUAAACAAGCAUAGUAUAGUAUGCACACAUACAAAAAAAAACUGCAAUUUACUACAUUUAGAUAUGCGUGUACAGGCAGGCAUGAAAGCUACGAUAUAUUAUUUCUUGAUAAUAAUAAAAUAGAUUUUUUAGUUAAACAAAUGCAUUAUAGUAGCACCAGAAAUCUUUAAAUAUGGUAAACAAUUAGAAUAAACCACUUUUAUUGUUACUUUUUUUUUUGUCUUUCUAAAGCUUGAAGGCCCGGUAAUUCUAAAAGGGCAGCUUGAAAAUUCUGCUUAACGUCUUAUUUUUCCCACUCUUAAAAUACACAUUUAAAAAGAUCUAAUGUCGUGUUUCUCAACCACGUUCCUGGAGGACCACCAGCUUUGCACAUUUUUUUCAUGUCUCUUAACCAAACACACCUGAUUCAGAUCAUCAGCUCAUUAGCAGAGACUGAAAGACCUGUAAUAGGUGUGACAAAGGAGACAUGCAAAACAUGCAGUGUUGGUGGUCCUCCAGGAGCAUGGUUGAGAAACCCUAAUCUAAGGUGAUGACGUGGUUCUAGAAUUUUCCUCCUUUUUUUGAGAUGAACUAUUCCUUUAGUAUAAACUGGUGACCUCGCUGAUGCCUUCGAUGUUUUCGACACUUUCUAUCUUUACAAGACAAUCACUUUUACAAACGUUCUUUUAUAUAUACAACGGUUGUCCUUGAUAUAAUCAUUGGCUGUUAGUAGUGUCACUAUCAGCUUUGUAUUGUUUUAUUAUUAUGUAAAGGGGGGGUUGGAGGUAAUUCUUUUUCUCAUUUGACUUUUAGUUUUGCUACCUGCGUUGAAUUUGAAGAUAACAAACACUCGCUGAGAGCAUGAUUAUAUAUAAAAAACACACUCCAAGUGCAAUAUAGCAAUAGCGGGACUCGUGUUGAGUUCCCACCCACUCGACGACUUAUUUGAUCUCCUUCUCAGCAUCUUUGAACAAAAAAAGUAUUAGAUAAUCAAGUUAUAUUUUAGUACAAGAACAAACGCGAGUGGUUGGUGAGUUUUAAGGGCAGUUGUACAGUAGAAGCAGCUCGGGUUUCUGUCUCUCCGCUGGCCAAACACUUAAGCACUUGGCUUCGUUUCUAUGGCAGCAAAGAGUCUUCUUUUUAAAAGAGAGACACACUGGGGAUUCAACGCCAACAGUAACGGCUCCAAUUAUUGCUGAUAACACACAAGUCUUCUAUGCAGCGUGCGUAUGUGUGUGUGCGUGUGAGAGAAAGAGCGUAUUCAUGUGUUUGUGUUUAUUUUGCAUGCGUGGUUGUGUGUAGUUGAUCACCGAUACUCAAAAACUGUUUCAAACUCAAAAGCCAAGUGAGAAAAAGAAGAUAUUUAAUGUCUUUUUCUUAAUUUUUUUUGAAAACAAAUAUAAAUAUAUAUAUUAUAUUCUUGUUGACAUAUGUGAAAAGACUGAUUCGCUCGAAUAUGAAGAUAUGGGCAUUUUGUUGAAAUGGUUUAGCCAAGCUUUUUUGUUAUUGUUAUCGAUGUUGUGUUUUGUUGUUGUUGUUGUUGAAAUAUGAAAUUGAAUUGGAGGGAAUUGUAAAGGGUGAACCUCCCGUUUCUGUCUUUUCAUUCAGCCAAGGGAAAUUUCUUCUGCAGAGGAAUGUUAAGUAUGAUAAAGGCUUCUUAAGACUGUAUAUGCACACUUUCUAUGCUAUUUUCAUAGGGGCUUGUACACUAAUGACGGCUGUGGAGAGAAACUCUGAAGUGCUUUUUACUACAGUGUAACUUAUUGUGUUUCAGUUGUGUUUUCCUCAUGUGUUUUAGAAUAAUAAACAAGGAAAAACACAAUAAACAUGACCAUUUGUAACAGUA